GGCACAAUGGGUGGUUGCGAUUCAUUACGAAGUGGUAAAUCAACAUACAAAGACUCAGUGAAGGAGCAACAAGUGUUUUACGAAAAGUUUAUGCAAAUAUUUUUUUUUUAGAAUUUUGGUUCAGCAACGGUUCGAAAUGGCUCGUUAUUUCAAGGAACAAGAUAUCGAUGAAUUCCGCGAGUGUUUCUACCUGUUUGCUCGCAGUGGUCACAUUACAACACUGGACGAGCUCACCGUGAUUAUGCGCUCCCUUGGACUGUCUCCCACAAUCCAGGAGUUGACCUCGUAUCUGAAGAAGAAAAAUGGCCGUAUGAGUUUUGCUGACUUCUUAGAGGUGAUGUACCAGCACUCGAGGGUGGAAAAUCUCCCAGACGAGGUUAUCGAUGCGUUCAAAGCGGGCGAUAAAAAUGGUCGAGGAACCAUUCCAGCACGACAGCUGCGUCACUUACUACAGAACUGGGGCGAGGGGUUGUCCUACCGAGAGGUGGAUAACAUAUUUCGGGAAGCAAACGUAUCGAGCAAUGGACAAGUUCGAUAUGCAGACUUUGUGCGCGUAGCAUGCGCCCCAGUACCCGACUAUUACUAGAAUAAAGCGCAUAUGUUCACACACAUUCCAAGCCGUACUUGAGAUAACCGAAAACGAACAAAAAUUGUGUGAUGAUUUGUAUGUGUUUCGCGUUUCUUGUAUUCGAAUAAGCUUAACUUUACUUCGAUUUCACAGUUUUGAAUGGUUUUAGUGUUUUACUGUAUACUAUUUAUCAUACUAUCAUCAUAGGAUUUUCUUUUGACAUAUUUCAGCACAUAAUUUGUUUUGCGAACAAAUGGUUUCGUGGUGCAUUUAUUUUGUAUUUGUGACAAUAAGUACUUGAUUGGCUAAGAAAAAUAAAGUAAACUAUUAAGUGCAGCACAAAUGGACUGUCAUCUUUGGCCAACUAAA